AAAAAAAAGUUUAUUAAUCAUGAAUUAAAAAAUAUUUUAAUAUGGCUUAUUUAUUUCAAAUCGAUUGUGUGCGGUAUGCAUGCAGUUGUGGUUCUUUAAAAUCUAUUGCAAAAAUUUAUUUUUGUAGACACUGCUUAAGUAUUCGAUGUGGUUAUUGUGUUUGUCAUGAGGUAGAUUCAUAUUAUUGCUCAAAUUGUUUGGAAAAUCCACCUGCUUCAGAAGUUCGAUUGAAGAAAUAUAAAUGUUCUAAUUGUUUUGAUUGUCCUUGCUGCUUUGAAACACUAUCAAUACGUUCUGGUCAAGUAUUGGUAAAAUCAUUACAUACUACUCAGGAGGAAUCGAAACCUGUAACAAAAAAAAUUUAUUAUUUAAGUUGUACAUUAUGUAGAUGGAGUUCUAGAGAUGCUGGUAUUCCUGAUCAAACUGUUGCAACUGGAAGUUGGAGAGAACAAGAAAGUCCAAACACAUACAGAAUAACAGCACUUAUUAAUUUUUAUAAAAUUUUAGGUUCUAUUGAAAAACAACAGAAAGAACGCAAAAAGUUUCAGUCAAAACGAAUUUUUCUUCAAUUUGAAAAAUUCGGAAUUACUUCUACAAUGGCUAGAAAACGUGUUGGUCAAUUACCAUUGUUACAAUCUAAUACACAAAGUGACCAACCACAGCCAUCAGAGGCUAGUGAAGAAAUCGAGGAAUUAUCACAAGAUAUUUUUACUAAAUCUAUUGAUAUAACUAAAAUCACUACUUUAGAUCAAAGGUUACAACAUCCUGAAUUACAAGUUGAAAAUAUUAAUGAAUUACGGCCUCAAAGAAAACAAUUUAUAGUAAAGAGAUCCCAACGUUGUAGAUUUUGUGAACAUACUGUUAGUAAACCUGAUUAUUGUCCAACAUCUACUAAAUUUAAAAUUCAACUAGCAGCUUUCUAUCAUGUUCCAGAGCUCCGUAUUGUCGCAUGUGAACCAUUACGCCUUGGAUAUUCUAGCGAAUUACUCUUAAAAUUUUGCAACCCCACUCAACAUCAAACACAAAUAAUACUUUUGUCAAUGGACACACCCAUGAUGCCAACUACAACAACUUUACAAGGUAUUAAGGAAGAAAUAAAUCGUGAAAAUGUUCAAAUGGGUUGUGAUUCUCCAAAUUUAUUACCAUCUGCUGUUCGACAAGCAAUUGUGGUUGAAGAAGGAAGACAGGUAAACAUAGUUAUAAAUGCUGAAGUAAUAUUACCAUCUAGUUCUUUUAUAUUACCACCAAGAGAUGAUGCUGCUGAAUAUGAUGAUCCAAGUGAUAGUCAAAAUUCUCAAGAUGAUCCAAAGUUAGUUGUAUGGAGAAAAGGCAACAAGGCAAUCAUAAGAUUAGAUGUAAUACCUUAUGUUGAUAAAGAUAAAAUGGUUAAAGAUGAACCCAUUGUGGUUGGAUUAGCUAUGCAAUAUGGUUAUAUCAAUACUAUAGCAACAUUAGAACAUAAAGCGCCACAAAAAUUAGAUUUAAAAGUGAAGUUAUUUUUAACACUUGGAAAUUUAGUUCAUAACAUUUUAUAA